AUGGAUUCCCAACGGCCUGCGCGUGAGCCUGAUGCGCUGUGCGGCCAGCGGCUCUGGAAAGUCAAGGCUGAGGCCCUGGUCGCGAUGGUGAAUUUGCAGUCGACGUUGGCCGUGCUUUGUAAGGCUGCAAAAUCAGCGGCAGGGUAUCAGAGCCAUCCACAGAGCCCUUGGAACCUCUUGGAGGUGCUGCAACCCCAGCCCGCCGCCGAUUCGUACUUGGUACAGAAACCGCAAAAGACUUCUCAAACACACGUUCAGGGCUCAGGUUCGCGUUAGUAGAUUGUGGGGUGGUUGUGUGGAAGUGUGUGUAGUGUCGAAACCGGCAAUCUCGUGACCCAAAAGUGACGGAAGGGCCAAAGGGAA